CCCACGAGCCGCGGCCAUGCGUCCCCCAGCCGCACGCGUCCUGGCGCUGCGGCUCCUCGCGCUGUGGGCGCUGCUGUGGCCGGCGGCCGGCGCUUGGGAGCUCACCGUCCUGCACACCAACGACGUGCACAGCCGCCUGGAGCAGACCAGCGAGGACUCGGGCAAGUGCGUCAACGCCAGCCGCUGCGUGGGCGGCGUGGCGCGGCUCGCGACCAAGGUGCGGCAGAUACGCCGCGCCGAGCCCCACGUGCUGCUGCUCGACGCCGGAGACCAGUACCAGGGCACCAUCUGGUUCACCGUGUACAAGGGCGCCGAGGUGGCGCACUUCAUGAACGCCCUGAGCUACGAUGCCAUGGCACUGGGAAAUCAUGAAUUUGAUAAUGGUGUAGAAGGACUGAUUGAGCCACUCCUCAAAGAGGCCAAAUUUCCAAUUCUGAGUGCGAACAUUAAAGCCAAGGGGCCGCUAGCAUCUCGAAUAUCAGGACUUUAUUCGCCGUACAAAAUUCUUCGUGUUGGUGAUGAAGUUGUGGGGAUUGUUGGCUACACUUCAAAAGAAACCCCCUUUCUCUCAAAUCCAGGAACGAAUUUAGUAUUUGAAGAUGAAAUCGCUGCAUUGCAACCCGAAGUAGAUAAGCUGCAAACUUUAAACGUGAACAAAAUCAUUGCACUGGGACACUCUGGUUUUGAAAUGGAUAAACUCAUCGCUCAGAAAGUGAAGGGCGUGGACGUCGUGGUGGGCGGACACUCCAACACGUUCCUUUACACAGGCAACCCACCUUCCAAAGAGGUGCCGGCGGGGCAGUACCCAUUCAUCGUCACCUCCGAUGACGGUCGGAAGGUUCCUGUGGUCCAGGCCUAUGCUUUUGGCAAGUACCUAGGCUAUUUGAAGGUUGAGUUUGAUGAGAAAGGAAAUGUCAUCACUUCACAUGGAAACCCUAUCCUUCUCAACAGCAGCAUUCCCGAAGAUCCAAGCAUCAAAGCGGACAUUAACAAGUGGCGGAUAAAAUUAGAUAAUUAUUCGACCCAGGAACUGGGGAGAACAAUCGUCUACCUGGAUGGCACCACUCAGUCUUGCCGCUUUAGAGAAUGCAACAUGGGUAACCUGAUUUGUGAUGCUAUGAUUAACAACAACCUCAGACACACCGAUGAGAUGUCCUGGAACCACGUGUCCAUGUGCAUUAUGAAUGGAGGUGGCAUUCGGUCUCCCAUCGACGAGCGGAACAACGGCACCAUUACCUGGGAGAACCUGGCUGCCGUGUUGCCCUUUGGAGGCACCUUUGACCUGGUGCAAUUAAAAGGCUCCACCCUGAAGAAGGCCUUUGAGCACAGCGUGUACCGCUACGGCCAGUCCACUGGGGAGUUCCUGCAGGUGGGCGGAAUUCACGUGGUGUACGAUCUUUCCCGAAAACCCGGGGACAGAGUGGUCAAGUUGGAUGUCCUCUGCACCCAGUGUCGUGUGCCCAGUUACGAGCCGCUCAGGAUGGAUGAGGUGUAUAAGGUGAUCCUGACGAGCUUUCUCGCCAACGGUGGAGAUGGGUUCCAGAUGAUAAAAGACGAAGCAUUAAAACACGACUCUGGUGACCAAGACAUCAGCGUGGUUUCUGGAUACAUCUUAAAAAUGAGAGUAGUUUAUCCAGCAGUUGAAGGUCGGAUCCAGUUUUCUGCAGGAAGUCAUUGCCAUGGAAGUUUUUCUCUAAUAUUUCUUACAGUUUUGGCAGUGAUCAUUGUUUUAUACCAAUAGCUUCCUUGCCAUUAAUGGAACUGCAUUUUUUUCUCAAGUGAGGCUCCAGUCUGCCUUUUAGGAACUGGUUUUAUGAUGACGCAGACCAUCCUUGCAGUCUCCCAGAAGCUGAGCUUAGAGGGUUGUAAAUGAAGACACUGAUAUCAAAACUCAGGAUCAGCAACUUAGUGAACACACAGGAAAAGAAGUGAAAAUGGACCCUAUGAGGAGAAUGGCAACCAUCUUUAGUUUACGUAUGUAAAUUUUAAUAAAAUUUUAUUAACAAUUUUAAACCAUCCACAUCCUUUUUUUCCUUUAUAUCCAUUCUAAUCCAACAAACAAUGUAUGCUUACAUAGAACUUUAUCAUUUACAUGGGCAUUUUCAGCACGUUAUCUUAUUUGAUGCCCAUAACUUUCUUUGCUAGGCAAGACAGGUAUUGUUCUUCUCAUUUGACAGAUGAGGAAACGGAAGCUCAGAAACAGUUGACUUGUUCAAAGCCAUACAGCUAAAAGGGACUGAUCCCAGACCUGCACCUAGUCCUUCUGAACUCAGUCCAGCACCCUUUCAACUAUAUGCAGGAAAUGUUCAGAAUGACACUAAUGGUCUCCUGUCUUCAUAACUAUCGGUAGUCCCAAACUCAUGGGUGACAAGCCUCUGCUGUAUUCCUAGUCUCUAUUUGUUUCCUUUUUAGCUCGGGCUGUUGUAGCAAGUUUAACAGACAUGGGUGACAUUCUCUCUUGCACCACCCAUGUGCCUUUGAUGAGUCAGAGGACAAAUGGUGCAGAGGAUUAAUGGGAGAAGCCAGAAGCUGCAAAAGGCAGUCAAGGGGCAGGGAGAAAGGGCGGGAGAAGCAGGACACCCAGAACCAACCUACAGUACGUCUGAUUUGUUAAACAGAUGCUUGCUAAGAAACAGCAGCAGAGUGCCUGGCAUGGGCUUCUGUCAGUUCUCCCUGUGUUCCUUCCUCCCUCCUUCCUAAGGUGAAGGUGUCAUGAGAAGGGGUAAUUCUAAACCUGCACCUGUCUCUCCCCAGCAAGAUGCCAGUGCUGUACUUAGUCCAGACACACACGCUGACUCCACCCCCUCCCCCAGUUAUGGCAAAUCCAGAGGGGAGACAAGGUUGAGUUUUUUCUUAAUGGUAUAUGUAAGUCUGAAAUCAGCUCUGCCUCCAAAUCUGAACAAUCAGUCAUGCUAAGUCAUCCUCAAGAUAAGAGGACUUUUGCCUGAGAGUGGGCCCCUCUGGGUGCUCAGGAAAUACCCAGACUGAUGCAAUAAAUGAUCUAUGCACAAAGAACAAAUACCUGUGGGACCAUGUGAGCCUGCCCAUCACUGUGUGAGUGAUUCAACAAAUAAUGGGAGCCUCACCCUAAAAAAUAGUGAGCAAACAGCAGCUAAAGGUUUGAAGAGGGGGUAAGUUUGUUUUUUAAUGUUUACAAAUAUUAUGUACCCUUGAUACAAAAUAUACUUUAAAAUUUCACAGCCUGUUUAUAAAGGAUGUUGCAGUAAAAUAAUGCCCUAGGUUCUAUGCAUAUACAGACUGGCUGUCAAUCAACAAAUGUCAGUAAGACUGUAAGAAGCAAAUGUCAGUAAGACUGCAUUUGGGGUAUAUGUUUUUAUGCUUGGCCAGUAAAACAGGGUAAAUCCUAUUGAAGCACAAAUUUUUAGAGAACAUUUCUGUAAGUUUUCUAAAUAUGUGUGCACGUAUUUUGCAGUGGUUUACAACAUGACCUAAAAACACUUGGCAAUUUUAAGUUCCAAACAAUAAAAUUGAAAAUAUGCUC